CGUCCUCUGGCUGCCUCGACGUUACGCAGUCGUCGGGAAGUGCUCCUUAAAUUGGCAGCGGCAUCUGAAAAGGUGCACAUUCCCCGCAGCACUCAGUACUUCAUUGAAGCUUGUUUGCCUCACCAAAGUCUGCAGUCAGCACCCCAUUGUUAUCAAAUGUUGGAUCACGCCUUUGCCUCCCUUACCCCCGCAAAUGCCCUUGCCAGACUAGCAUUCAGCGAAGUAUACGAUGCUCUCACUUUUCGGCGCCAAGAUAGCCAGACAGAUGGCACUCAAGCCGCCCUUCGCCACAUGCGCGUCGAGCCCAAGCAGAUAUGCGACGACGAAAUCGUUCGCCUUCGACGCGAGAUGGAACGCACCAAGAAUGACACUGAUGGCGAAGCGAGCGAGACCCUCACAGAGCCAGAUACCGAUACCGAGGAACUGCUUCAAGAGCUCGGCAUGAUCUGGGCCGGCCGUUAUUUGCUGAGCCUGGAGUCUCAGCCGGCCGAGCCGGAGAGUGGAUGGAGGGUGGGAAAAGGCCCCUUAGAAAACAUACCCAUCGACCUGGUCCUUUGCACCAGGGCUUUUGCGAAGUUGUAUGAUAUCGACCUUCGGAAUCCUCAUGCGCGCUUCAACUUCUCUCUCGAAAACAAGGGCCUCUUCGUUAUAGGCUGCUCCCGGUCUCCGACGGCACAGCUGACAGUUAAUGGUAAUAAAGUCAUGCGGAGCCCAUACCAUUUAAACCAGUAUGAAAUGAAGAUCCAGUUAGACAAAUUCGAGUACGACUUUCAGUGGACGAAAUUCGCUGCCACAGAUCCCUUCUUGGAAGCGCGCACGGAAUACAUGGAUGAAAAUCUCGGCGGGUGGUCGGCUGGCGACAUCAAUGUGGAGAUGCCGACCCCUCUCCCCAGCCGGAGAACGGUGGGCAACUGGACGCUGGGAGGUGCUCUGGGUGCGGGAAUCCGUGGAAGGGUGUUCUUCGCUUCGGAUUCGUCAGGCAACAUAGCCGCGAUCAAGAUGCUGGAGCGGACUUCUCGAAAUUGUCACCACGUGGAUCAAGAAGUUCAGACAUUUCAAGAGUUGACUGGUUUGUUGACGAAGUCACCAGAGGGCGAGCGAGUUCUACGCAUGGAUGAAGUUAUCUACACCAACAACAAGGAGUUCUCCUCUGAGGCGGCUUUUGACAAUGUUGCUAUGGUCCUAACGCCGAUGACACCCCAGACAUUUCUUGACUUGAUGGGGACUCAGAGCACGGGAGGAUUCAAAGGCAUGACGAUGCGGGCGGCGACCGCAUUCCGGGAGGCACUGCUGGGUCUCAAAGCCAUGCAUGACGAAGGUUGGCUGCACCGCGACUUGAAACCGCCCAACAUCGGCCUCAUCGGGCAGUACCGUUCUGUCUUACUAGAUGUCGGCACAUCCAGGCAUAUCGGGCUUGGUGAGUCGUUACCGCCCAAACCAGGCACAUGUGGCACGAUCGGCUACCUUGCUCCCGAGCUUGAGCUGGGGAAUCACGAUCACUCUAUCGACAUCUGGGCCAUGGGCGUCAUCUUGUUUGAGCUGACAUAUAACCACCACCCGUGGAAGUUGAGUCUUAACCCGUGGCGCGACGAUGAGCCCUGCAAAGCGUUACGCCCGUACUUCCAGACGCGCUAUCAGGAGGCCAUUGACACAAUGGACCGAGAUUACAAGAAUGCGCGUGCAUCGCCGGACAGAGACCACAUACAUCUUGGCGGUCUCUUUAUCGAGAUGGUGAGACACAAGUGGGCAACAAAGAACCAUGCGCAGCGCCCAGAUAUCGACGAGGUCCUCCAACAUCCGGCUUGGGGGCCAUUGCUAUCCGAAUCUCCGCGGGCGAAGAGGCGACGGCUUUAGAUAAGGAGGAGAGUCCGUUUCUACGGCGUUUAGCAUAUUCAUCCAGCAUAUGGUGCUUCAGCUGGCGGACAACCUCUGCCCGCUCGAAGUCAAUCACCAUUACUCGACCAGUCUCCUCGCUCCACAGUAUGUUGCGAGGCUCGAGGUCCUUGUGCAAGACUCCAAGAUUAUGGAUCGCUCGGGCCGAGUAGUCAACCUGUUUCCAUACACGGACGCCUAGAAUUGCUUCAGUGGCUCGCGCCGCAGCUCAAAG